UAGCAUUUCGCUGUUGCACAAGGACUUUGCAGCUUUUAGUGACUUUAAAAGACAAACAGACACAAAACAACACAUAUAUUUCUACAAGUUGUAACCGGACGUUAACACGUGAUUUCCGGUUGCGGUUCCGCAUGACGUAACUUGUUUUGGUGUUAAAAAACACAGCAGAUGAUCAGCAGAGUGUUCAGUCCAUCAGCUGCAGUGCGAUGGCGAGCGGCUCAGACCAGACUGUCCUGCAGCACUCCAACAGGUGAGGACAAGCCCCGCCCCUCCAUGAUGCGACACCUGACCUCCAAAAUAAAAGCCACGGGUCCGAUCACGGUGGCGGAGUACAUGAGGGAGGCGCUCACCAACCCGGUGACGGGUUAUUAUGUGAGGAACAACAUGCUGGGACCCGACGGAGACUUCAUCACAUCUCCAGAAAUCAGCCAGAUCUUUGGAGAGCUGCUCGGCGUGUGGACCCUCAGCGAGUGGAUGGCCGCCGGUCGGCCCCGACGGCUGCAGCUGGUGGAGCUCGGACCUGGAAGAGGAUCGCUGGCCGCAGACGUCCUCAGAGUGUUCAGUCAGUUGCGGUCCGUGGUGGGCGGAGCCUCGGUGUCCCUCCACCUGGUGGAGGUGAGUCCGGUGCUGAGUCGUCUUCAGGCCCAGAAUCUGACCGGCAGCCGCAACCAGGAGGCGGAGUCAGAGGACCAGCUGGUGUACCGCCGCGGGGAAACCGCCGACGGGCUCCCGGUGUCCUGGUACCGGCGCCUGGAGGACGUCCCCUCAGGAUUCAGCAUCUUUCUCGCUCACGAGUUCUUUGACGCUCUGCCGAUCCACACAUUUCAGAGGACUGCGAGAGGCUGGAGGGAGGUGAUGGUGGACAUCGACCCGGAGGAGGCGGACCGGCUGAGGUUCGUCUUGGCUCCGUCUCCCACGCCGGCCUCCGCCACGCUGCUGCAGGCCGAUGAGAGGCGGGGUCACGUGGAGGUGUGUGCGGUGGGCGGCGUCGUGGUCCAGCAGCUCGCCCGGCGCAUCAAGGAGGACGGCGGCGCCGCGCUGAUCGCCGACUACGGCCACGACGGAACCAAGACGGACACGUUCAGGGGCUUCAAAGGCCACCGGCUGCACGACGUCCUGACGGCGCCCGGCUCGGCCGACCUCACCGCCGACGUGGACUUCAGCUUCCUGCGCAGGAUGGCCGGAGGGGGCGUGGCCUGUGUGGGCCCCGUCACCCAGAGGGCGUUCCUGAAGAACAUGGGCAUCGACACCCGGCUGCAGGUUCUUCUGAGGAACUGCACCGACGCCUCCACCAGGGAGCAGCUGCUCCGCAGCUACGACCUCCUGACCGGCCGCUCCCAGAUGGGCGAGCGCUUCCACUUCUUCGGCCUGCUGCACCCCAGCCGGCUAGCCCCGCCCCCUCGGGCCUCGGGGGCGGGGCUGAAGCUGGAGAAGAAUAGGGCGGCGCCGCUGCCCGUGGCCGGCUUCACCGAGCUCGGCCUCGCCUGACGGAACCUCUGAGGGCCGAGAGGUCGGAGGUCAAGCGGACAUCGUGGAGUCUGAGACGCCCCGCAGCUCCAGAAAGACUUUUGAUAUGAAGAUGUAAGAUAAUAAAGAAGUUAUCAUCCAUUUAUCGGUGGAAAAACACACUUUCUGUUCAGCAAAUUCUGCCGACAACAAAGGUUUGAGAGUCGACCGCUGAAGGUCAGAGGUCAACCCCCAGAGGUCGACCCCGGCUGCAGGAGGAUCUCCUCCCGCCGCCGUCCGUCCACAUCUUGAAGCGGUUAACUCGCAGCGAGCAGCCAAUUAGAGGAUCCGGUUCCCCGUGAGGCCAAGACCAGCAGCCAAACCCCCCCCCCCCUCCUCUUCCUCCUCCAAGAGCUUUUGAGCUUUUGUGUUUUCCAACCAGACUGUUUCGCACAUUUGGAAUAAAUUAGUGGAUUUCAUUAAUAAACCGCCUCCAGCUGAAGACGUUUAAAAGCGAAAAAAUGUAGGCCUUUAAAUUUGAGCUCAGACUCGACUGCAGCGUUCGGUCUGUCGAUGAAAUCAAAGACGAAAUAAAAGACGUUAACGAUCUCUAAAUAUUCUUUGUUGACUGAACGUUGCAGAAUAAAAGCGUAAAGAUUUUAAUGAGA